AUGAAGGUGUUGAUGCACUACGAAGACCAUGAGAACAGUGACUAUCACAAGUCCUUGAAGAUUACGCUUCCAAAAUCUUGGAAGACGGGUCCUACUUCCAAGCUCUUGGGUCAAUUUGUGGAGACGUACAUGGGCAAUGAGACUUUCAAAGAGGGCAAUCCCUUGGAGGAAUCCCAAUUGCACUUGAGCAUUCGCAGCACUUCCAGCAGUACCAGUACAACAACGGAAUUGGUGGAUUUGGCAUCGGAUGCCGUAGUUUUGGAUGUGAUUCCCGACCGUGCCGAUUUGUACGUGGUCCACGGCCCAUCGCAAACCCUGUCGGAUCAAAAAGAAGCCGCUCAAAAAGCCAAACUCGAGGCUGACACGGACAAAAAUUUGGCGGCGUGUACCCAUUUUGGCUGCAAACAGCGGUUCCCUCCCGGUGGUCCUUAUCCGAAAUGCCAAUACCACAGUGCUCCACCCGUCUUUCACGAAACGGCCAAAUUCUGGUCGUGCUGUCCCAACAAGAAAGCGUACGACUGGGACGAUUUUCAAAACAUUCCCGGCUGUCAAACGGGUGUUUGUACCGAUAUUAAAGAGGACACGGAACAAAAACAAUUUCUGGGUGGCACCGAUUUGCGUCAAGCGGCGGGAGAAGCCAUUAAAUUGAAAUCGAUUGACGACUUUAACAAAGCCCAAGCAGCCGGUGGUGCCGAUGCGGCACCCGUAUUGGAUCGACUCAAUGCGGUAUUGGUAGAAUUGGGAAUCGAACAAGAAUUGUAUCAACAAGUCGUCGAUGGGAUGCGAAAAAAAGCGGCAGCGACAGCCGACACAGAAGCGGAUGUCCUGGAAGCUGUCAAGAAGGAAAUGGGAAGCAAAUUCAAAGACGCAUUGAAGACCGUGGCGGCGGAGCAAUUACGAAUUUCGUAA